UCUUGACUUAUUGUGAGUGUGUGUGUCUUUUUUGUAGGAGUGUUUUUCAUUGAGUUGUUAUUGUGUGUCAUUUUUUUUUGAGUUGUUAUUUUAUUGUUAUUGUGUGUCAUUUUGAGUUGCUCUAUAGUUGAAUUUGUUGAAAAGCUUUGAUUUUGAGAGCUGAUUCUUAUAAAAAUCCAAGCCAUAUAUCACUAAACUUUGCUAAAGAAACUGAACAAGUUUAUCUAUAUCCUUAAUCUCAAUUCUCAACAUACAACUCUGAAAUGCUGCUUGCUGUCAUCAAAAAGCCGGCCCCAUUUCUACACAUUGAUAAUCUGAUCGGAUAAUCCAUCCCACAAAAAUUUCUUGAUCAAUUCCACCUCCCAUCGCUCUCCCGCAUUCAAAUUCAUCAAAAAACUGAAACAUUUGCAAAAACCCAUCUCAAAUUUAUCAAAAAGCAUAAAGCCUUAAACCUUUGCAAAAACCCAUCUCAAAUUCACCAAAAAGCUUAAACCUUUACAAAAACACCCAUCUCAAAUUCCCAAAUGCUCCGUCUCCACAACCUCCGCCGCUGUCUGCAGCCCCUCCGCCGCCGCCCCUUCUGCUCCGUGCCCAACCCGCCCCCUUCCGCCAGCAGAGACGCCGAAUUCCGGCGAUACAUCGGCUACGGCGUGCUCUUCCUCGGCUGCGGCGCCAUCACCUACUACUCCUUCCCCUUCCCGGAGAGCGCCAAGCACAAGAAGGCCGAGCUCUUCCGCUACGCGCCGCUGCCGGCCGACCUCCACACCGUGUCGAACUGGAGCGGCACGCACGAGGUCCAGACGCGCACCUUCCUGCAGCCGGAGAGCGCCGCGGAGCUGGAGUCGGUGGUGAAGGAGUACAAUGAGAAGAAGCAGAAGAUCCGGCCGGUCGGGUCGGGCCUCAGCCCGAAUGGGAUCGGGUUGACGCGUAACGGUAUGGUGAAUUUGGCUCUGAUGGAUCGGGUUUUGGAGGUGGAUGAGAAGAAUAAGAGGGUUAGAGUGGAGGCCGGGAUUAGGGUUCAGCAGCUUGUCGAUGGGAUUAAAGAAUAUGGCCUUACUUUGCAGAACUUUGCUUCCAUUCGGGAGCAGCAGAUUGGCGGCAUUAUACAAGUUGGGGCGCAUGGCACUGGUGCAAGGCUGCCUCCUAUAGACGAGCAGGUUAUCAGCAUGAAACUAGUUACUCCGACCAAGGGCACUAUUGAGGUUUCCAAGGAGAAAGAUCCCGAGCUCUUUUACUUGGCUCGUUGUGGUCUUGGCGGGCUUGGUGUUGUCUCAGAAGUUACUCUGCAAUGUGUCGAGAGGCAGGAGCUUGUGGAGCACACAUAUGUAUCCACCAUGAAUGAGAUAAAAAAGAAUCACAAAAAACUUCUGUCUGAUAACAAGCAUGUCAAAUACCUACACAUUCCUUAUACUGACACAGUCGUGGUCGUGACGUGUAAUCCUCUUUCAAAAUGGAAAGGUCCACCAAAGCAUAAACCCAAGUACACUGCCGAGGAAGCUAUACAGCACAUGAGAGACCUUUAUCAAGAAUCAUUGAGAAAGUACAGGAAACCAGUUGUUGCGUCAGACGAAAAUGAGCCAAAUGUCGAUGAACUUUCAUUUACGGAACUUAGAGAUAAGCUACUUGCUCUGGACCCUCUUAAUAAAGAACACAUCAUGAAGAUCAAUCAAGCAGAGGCAGAAUUCUGGAAGAAGUCGGAGGGGUAUAGAGUAGGGUGGAGCGAUGAAAUUCUGGGCUUCGAUUGUGGUGGGCAACAAUGGGUCUCAGAAACAUGUUUUCCAGCCGGAACCCUAUCUAAACCUAGCAUGAAAGAUUUGGAAUAUAUAGAAAGAUUACUGCAGAUGAUCGAACGAGAAGAUAUACCUGCCCCGGCACCCAUUGAGCAGAGAUGGACGGCAUGCAGCAGGAGUCGUAUGAGUCCAGCUUAUAGCUCAUCCCCGGACGACAUAUUCUCAUGGGUUGGUAUAAUUAUGUAUCUUCCUACGACGGAUGCUCGUGAGAGGAAGCAAAUUACCGAAGAAUUCUUCCACUACAGACGUUUGACACAAGCAAAAUUAUGGGAUGAUUAUUCAGCUUAUGAACACUGGGCUAAGAUUGAGGUCCCGAAGGACAAAGACGAGCUUGCUGCUCUACAGGCAAGGCUGAGGAAGAAAUUUCCCGUGGAUGCAUACAACCAGGCGAGGAAAGAGCUCGACCCCAACAACAUCUUUUCGAACUAUAUGCUAGAAAAACUGUUCCCCAGCACUGAGACUGUAUGAUAAAGAUAAAAAGCUCAUCGUGUUUCGGUAAUGUUUCCUGGCUUAGUAGCUAUGGUAAUCUUAACUUGAGUUUGAAAUUGAUUAUUGCUCAUCCAAUCCCAAAAUGCUUCAGAGUUCAUAUGCGUCACACCUUUCUUGAACCAUGACUACUCAAAUGGAACUGCAAUGCAUUCAAAACACAAAGCUAGCACGAAUUUAUCAUGUUUAUCUUCUCUUUGUUGUUGAUUUUAUGGCUGAGGAUGAAAGGUUUGUGCUUCAGAACUCCGGUAUAUGAAUAAAGGCUGUAUGCCUCCCCUUUAUCCUUCUCUGUCAUCAUAUCCUGUGCAGUUUGUCUCUCAUGUAUAGUUUUGCAGUUUUGGAGGAUAAAUAUUAAUACAAACGUAGUUUAUAUAUA